AUGGAGAAUGUAUUGGAGAAUUCCAGAAAACUGACAAAUGCUCUUGUUAUCAAAGUUUUUGGUGAUAACAUCCCAUUCUAUGUUAUCAACAGUGAACUGAGAAGACAGUGGAGUGGCUUUGGAAACUUUAGACUCACUAUGCUGGGUAAAGACUGGGUUUUAUGCUCUUGUGAAAAUGCAGAGAUUAUGGACUCUAUCUUAUAUGAAGGACCUUGGUUUGUUAAAGGUCAUAUUGUGGGUAUUGAUAAAUGGACAACUUCUUUCUCUACAAAUUCUUUGAAAGGUCUUUCUGCUCUUGUUUGGAUUAGACUUCCUAAUCUACCUUUGUACUGCUGGGAUGAUAUUAACAUUUGUAGAAUUGCAUCUCUAGUUGGGAAGCCAUUUCUACUUGAUGGAAACAUGAUCCAAUGGAAUCGAAGAGAAUUUGCUAGAAUUUGUGUUCGUAUCAAUUUAGAUGAACAACUUCCCUUGGGAGUAUGGGUGGAAGGGGAUUCUACAAAAUUUUAUCAAAGAGUGGAAUAUGAAAAAGUUUCAAAGCUUUGUUUCAAAUGCUGCAAAAUUGGACACCUAAUGGUGAAUUGUCCUGUGUGUAAAUCUGCUGAAGUCAUAAAUAAAACAGGUUUACCUGAUCCGGUAGUAAAUUCUGAUGUUCUAAAAGUAAAUUCUGAAGUUAUAACAAAUGUUGAUCCGGAAGAGCAUGGAUAUGGCCCUUGGAUGCAAGUCAA